AAGGGCAGAAUUUAUCUCUAAACAGAAACAUGGAAACUAAAAUACAUUUACUCUACCAGGGAGAAGAAAAUAUUGAGUUAUCCUGUGAUGGUUCUAGUUCUAUUCCAACCAAGUUACCAUCAAAGAAUAUUGACAGCAAAAAAUACAUCAAACUUUCUAAAACAGUAGAAAAGAAAUUUUCACCUCAACUUAAGUGUUGGAAGCCAGAACACAAAAAAAUGUAUGAAACAUCAAUAUUCCUAUGUGAAGACGUACAAUCCUCUGCAAUUUCAGGAGGAAAAAAAGUCAGGAGAAAGAAAAAUUUACAAGUACAACUGCAUACUAAAAGACCAGAGAUUGCCCCUUCUUCUGUGAAGCCAUCAAAGAGGAAGACGACUGUAAAAGAGCACGGUUUGUGCAAGUUGCCGAAUAUGUACAGUGGUCAUAAGACUUCACCACCCCUGCGCUCAUCUUACUUUACUCGGAGAAGUGAUGUACUUUAUAACCUCUCCCAGACAUUAUAUGAAGAUGUACCAAUAGGACAUUUUUCCUCACAAGAAUUAACUGGUAACUUCAUGGUGGAUAUUGGGGAUAUUAUAUUUACUUUGGAUGAACUACAGCAACAGUAUGAGGAUGUUUCUAUCAUGGAAGGGGCAACCUUGGAUGAAACCACUUGGAAAAGAAAGUUACCAAGUAUAACAGGGAGCCAUGUAAAAUAUAAGAGGAGACACACUUCACCUCAACUGUUAUUAUCCCAAAAGUCAAGUGGAAAAGACCUUCAAUAUCAUCAAACUAUGGAAAAUAAUGACCUUAAAUUUAAAAGCCCCAAAAGAACUGUGCAAACAAAAAAAUACCUGGGUGGGGUUGAUAACAGUGAUGCAGGAUUCCAGGAACCAUAUUCAAAGGAAGGAAUAAACUUUAAGAAAAGUUUGGAGAAAGUUGAAAUUCAUGAUUCAAAAUUAAAACCACAGAAUUUGAAGAGUACUAACGGACUCAAAAAGUCCCUGGAUAAAAGUGAUACUAUCAGUAUCCCAAAACUUCAGAAACCAUCUGAAAGAAGGCGAUCCAGCCUCCCUAAACAGUUUUCAUUUAAGGAAAAACCUACAAUUAAUGCAUUGGGAAAUGUCCUUGAAGCUAUCAGUAAACUCCAAGAAGAUUAUAUUGCUGCAGAAGAACUUCAAUCUAUCUUGCCUUCAAUAGGAAUUACUUUAUCAGAUAGAGAGUUCCAGAAGAUUGUGACAAACACUGCUAGAAAUGAAGAUGGGAUGAUGAAGUUAGAUGACUUUUUAAGUACUCUCUCUAAGGAGCAAAGUCUUCCUGAAUAUAAUGUGGUGACUAAUGUCAUUAAAGCCAUCGAUAAAAUUAAAAAUGAAAAUGUUGAUUUUGAGGAUCUGAAUAUGUGUCUUCAAAACUUUGGCAUUUAUCUUUCUAAACCAGAAUUUGAGAAGUUCACAGAUUUGAUUGAAGUUGAUGAAAUGAACAAAGUGAAUUUUAAAGAAUUCAUUGAUACUAUGAUGAACAACAUAGAGCGCUUGCCUGAAAAAUUAUUAUUAUCUGAUACUAUUGAAAACCUCCAGAAUCUCAGCAAAGAGACUAUCGGUGCUUCUGAUCUAUGGAACAUUCUGUCUAGUUUAAAUAGAAAUUUAAAAAAAGAUGAGUUCCUAGCUUCACUGGAAUUAGCAAAAACUGAUGGUGACAAAGUACAAAUUGAAGAAUUUGCAAAAGUGGUAAAGGAUAUGUGUGAUACCUCAAGGUUAGAAGAAUUAAAGGAAGUUGUCUCAGCUUUUGAUUUGCUUGAAGGUGACAUGAUAGCUGGGAGGAACUUGGAAGGUUUUCUAAGAAAUAUUGGGAUUAAGUCACCUAAAGAAGAGGCAGAGAAAAUUCUUCAAUCAGAUUUUGUUUCUGAAGACAGCAUGAUUAAUGUUAAAGACUGUGUGAAGGCUUUGAGAGACAUGGAGAAAUUUUCCAAUUAUAUUGAUUUUAGGAAAGAAGCUUUAACUUCAAAUCUGAAAUUGCCAAAAGCUGAUGAUGUUAGGGAAGCUGCUUAUAUCUUGUCACAUGCCAGUAAAGGCAAGAUUGGCAUACCUACCUUGGAGCAUGCCCUGGAAGCUUUGAAUGUUAAUUUAGCUGAAGAGGACUUCAGGGAAGCUCUUAAAUAUUGUAACGUCAGUGAUAAUAAUGAGGUGGAUUUAAAAGAUUUCUUAAGUGGAAUUAAGGAGAAUCCACAUAUCAAAGAUUCCACAGCUACACAGCUACUCUUAUCUAUUACGCAAACUCUCCAGAAUGAUAUAAUUGAUAUUCCUGUCCUCAAGACAUUAUUGAUGGACAAUGACCUCCAUGCAGCUAAUGCUUUAGUUAAUGAAGUGUUAAAACAUGCACCUGAACACGGUUAG